CCUCUUCUCUCCUCCAAACAAAUUUUAGCACAAUCAUAAAAAAACACUAAAGAAAAAUGAUCAAUUUUUCAUCUUCUUCUUCCCUUUGGCUAUGAUUCUUCAUGUCUCUUGCUUCCUUCUGCAAUGCCAUACACAUUCUUUGUUUGAUACAAACAAAUGGAUCAAAACCCUGCCCAUGGCUUUGCAGGACAUGAACCUGACCAUGCGGAGGAGAAAAAUCUUGUGGAGGCUUCCCCUGUUACUGAAUUAAGCCUUUCUCAGGUUCUUGAAGAUGUUGAUCGAUUUCUUGAGAGGUUGUCAGAGACAAAGGAUAAGUCAAAUCCACCGGCGGUUCCAAAUUCUGUGGAAUUGUUUUUGAAAAUGGCUCAAGAAAAGAUAGCUUACUAUGAUUCCAACAGGUUUGGUCAUAGCAAAGAAGAAGAUUUGUCAUUCUUUGAAUGUUUAAUCCGCAUUUCCAGGUUGACAAGUUUCAGCGAAUUCAAUUCCAAUCCAAUAAUGGCUGUUCCUCUCAAUAGAUCGAGCAACGUUUUGCAUCUUUCCAUGUCGUUGUUGGACGGUGAAUUUCGAACAAUUCUAGAGAGUCGUAUUCGCAAUCACAACCAAAACAAUUCUUCAGAUUCUAAGACCCCAUAUGCAUCAAAGCAACCAUCUUUCGGUUCCCAUCAUCAGGAUAACUCUGAUCGAGGAGGCGUCCAACCAGAAGCAGAAACAACAAUAGGGGAGGAAUUCCCCGCUUAUUCCAAAGAAUCAAUCUGCAACAUGAACAAAAUCGCUACUGCGAUGAUCUCAUUGGGUUACGAGAGGGAGUGCUGUAUGGCUUAUAACAUGAUAAGGAAAACUGCAUUCAACAGCGAAUUGGAUAAGCUUGGAUUCACCAAUACCAGCAUCGAGGAUGUGCAGAGGAUGCAGUGGGAAACCCUGGAAGGAGAAAUCUCUGCCUGGAUUGACGUUCUUAAGCAUUGUUACUCAGUUCUUUUGCCUGGCGAGCUGAAGCUUUGUAACUUUGUCUUUUCAGAGUACCCGUCAGUGUCCCAAAGAUUAUUUAACGAUCUUGCAUCAUCAAUAACGGUAAUGUUUCUCAAUUUCGCAGAAGCUGUUGCCAUGACAAAACAAUCUGCUGAGAAACUAUUCAAAUUCUUGGACAUGUACGAGACCUUGAGGGAUAUGAUUCCUACAAUUGAUAGUACUACUCAUUCCAGGGACUUAAAAGGGGAAACCUUCACUGCGAAACGCUUGCUCGGAGAAGCAGCCGUGAGCAUUUUCUGUGAUCUUGAGGAUUCCAUAAGGAGGGACCAUAGCAGAACUCCAGUUCCAAGCGGUGCAGUUCACCCCUUGACUCGCUACACCAUGAAUUAUCUAAAAUACGCCUGCGAAUAUAAAAACACAUUGGAACAAGUCUUCCAGCAGCACCAGAAAAUGGAGGAGGGAAAUGCCAAUGCCGGAAAGUGCAACCAGCCGGAUGCAGAAAUCACAGAAGGCGCCGAUGAAGAUGGCAAUCCAAAAACGUCGCCAUUUUCAGUGCAGCUGAAAACGAUAAUGGAUUUGCUUGAUGAGAAUCUUGAAAUGAAAUCGAAAUUGUACAGAGACCCUGCGUUGCGCUACGUGUUCUUGAUGAACAAUGGAAGGUAUAUUCUCCAAAAGAUCAAAGGAUCCACUGAGAUUAAUGACACAAUGGGAGCGAAAUGGUGUAGAAAGCGGUCAACCGAUCUGAGGCAAUAUCAUAAGGGAUAUACAAGAGAGACAUGGAGCAGAUUACUGCAGUGUCUGAGCCACGAAGGGUUGCAGGUAAAUGGGAAGGUGGUGAAGCCUGUAUUGAAGGAGAGGUUCAAGAUGUUUAACUCCAUGUUUGAUGAGAUACACAAGACGCAGAGCACAUGGGUUGUGAGCGACGAGCAGCUACAGUCUGAGCUUCGGGUUUCGGUAUCAGCGGUGGUUAUUCCUGCUUACCGGUCAUUUCUGGGGCGGUUCCAGCAGUACUUUUCGGCGGGUAGGCAAACGGAAAAGUAUGUAAAGUACCAAGCAGAAGAUAUUGAGAAUUUAAUUGAGGAAUUGUUUGAUGGAAACUCAAAUUCAUUGGCGAGGAGGAGAUCAUAAUAAUUAUUAUUAUUAAAGACAAAUUGGAGAAAUGAAAGAGAUUCAAUAGAUUUUUUUGUUCUUUCAAUUUAUUUGUUAUAUUUUUCUCAUCUCUGUUUCAAUGUGAAUUUUUUUGAUUUGUGUA